CUUAAACAUGGACCGGUAGUCGGCUUUUCCACCGAAUUUACAGAAGGAUAAAGCCCACUUAAGGUGACGAAGAGGGGUAUAAACAACAUUUUUUGAAAUGUACAAUGCCUUAAAAGUGAAAUAAUAUCGCAAAUGUUCCGCAAGUCAGCAGGUUUCAUAACUUUUUCAUAAGCGGGAUGAGCCAGUCACUCUCAUUAACCAAUCACAUGCGAACAAUUCAUGAUAUUAGCUUAAUUGGCGCAAUAUAGUGACAUAAGCAGCCACAUCAGUGACAGCUUCAAAGCUUCAGACGUUAACGCCGAUAACUGUUUACUAUUCUUGUGAAUGGUGACCGGAUGAGAGAAGUUCAACAAAAAAUACAAGCGCUGGAAACUGACAGUAUCAUCAAUUUUCAAGACUGAAUGGCGAUGUCUUCCUGUCUAAAGUUUUCCUUUCUCGCCGUUUUAUUGUUGUGUAAUGGAAGUCUUCGUGUCAACUGCUUACCCCAGCAAAGAUCUGCUUAUAAAGAUGGCCAUAUAGUGUUGGGAGGCCUAUUUGAUCUCCAUCAGAGCGCAGACAACAACAACUAUUGCGGCGAUAUACUCGGUACUAAUCUGGGUUACGCAGAGGCAAUGGUUUUUGCCAUAGAAAGCAUCAACGAGAACAAUACGCUUUUGCCGAAUGUCACCCUCGGGUUUGAUUUACGAGAUUAUUGUCUGCGUCCUGCUAUGGCUGUGGAAACCGCUUACGAACUGGUCGUGAAAAGCGAUCAUCGUUUCUCGCUCCAGAAUUGCACGAACUCUACGGAAUUCAACGGGUCUAAGUACGGCGGACUUAAAGAAAUAACAGGGGUUGUUGGGCCAAUGGAUUCCGCAAGUGCCAUAAUGGUUUCAAGUUUGUUCGAGAUAGCACACAUCCCAUCCAUUAGCCCGCUGGCAACAAGUGUGGAGUUGAGUACUACUCUAUACAGCCACUUUUAUCGAACGGUUGCUCCAGACAAUUGGCGUGCUAGUCUUUUAGCUGACACGGCGCAGUUCUUCAACUGGACAUACGUCGGUGCAGUAGCCCUGGACGACUCGUUUGGACGUUACGGAAUCUGGGGAAUAGAAAAAGAAGCUGACACAAGAGAGAACCUUUGUAUUGCCUUCAAAAGGUUUGUUCCUCGCGUCAAUCAUUUGGACAGUAUUCGAAAAAUUGUAUUCGAUCUCAAGCGCAGUGAGAAAGUUACAGUUGUUUUUAUCUGGCUUUACGGUGAGUAUGCACGGUAUUUUAUGGACGAGGUCGUUAAUCAAGAUCUUACUGGCCGAACAUGGAUCUUUACCGAUGGAACCACACCAGGAGAUCCAUUCUUCACCAAUGUCAGCUUUGCGGGAAUUUUGAAUGGAUCAUUUGGGAUUUUGCCUAAGGCUCGGCCCAGUGAGCAAUUCCAAAAAUACUUGGCCAAUCUGGCAAAGAGGAAUUUUACGGGCAGCACCCACGCAUGGUGGAAGGAGUACUGGAUUUACAUGGCAAAGAACAACAAAUUGCUGGAUACGUCAUAUCCAUUUUCAGUUCCAAUUGGUAGUCCCUUGACAAGCAGUCCUUACAUUUCGUACACUAUUGACGCCGUGUACGCAUUUGCCCAUGCUUUGCACAACAUGUACACAUGCAAAGAACCACACAGCUUGCUUAAGGGCGGUAAAUGCCCAACAGUACAGCAGUCGAAGAUAAAAGGAGACGAAUUACACUUCUACUUGCGGAAUGUAAGCUUUCAAGGACUGACAGGAACAAUAGAAUUCGACAAAAAUGGGGAUCCGCUUGACGCGAGCUACGACAUCGUGAACUUCAAAAGUACUGGCAAGGACUUUUUGGAAGUUCGCGUUGGCUGGUGGGCGAGGAAAACCAGCCCUAGACUUCACCUUAAUCUUUCAAACAUAACUUGGAACAGUCCGAGUGGAUUCAAAGGUGUUCCGUUGUCAGUAUGCUCAUUUGAUUGCAAGCCAGGUGAGCGAAGAGUGGCAAAGUCUCCUUGCUGUUGGGAAUGCGUCAAUUGCCCCCGUGGUACAAUAAACUCCAAUGGCAUUUCUUCAAACUGUUCUGAAUGUCCAGAGAGACAAAAACCCAAUGAUGAGAGGACAAAAUGCGUCGACCUUCCUCAAAAUAACUUGAGCUGGAAUACUUCUGCCAUAGCAGUGACCUGCACGGCGGUUACAGGCCUGCUUUUGACUAUCCUAUGCAUUGUAGUUUUUGUUAAGUAUCGAAACUCGCCAAUUGUAAAGGCCUCAAACCAGGAGCUCAGCUUUCUUUUAUUGAUAGUGGUGGCUUUAUUAUUCGUGUUGGCCUUUCUAUAUCUAUUGACUCCCACAGACCUUUUGUGCAGCGUUAUAAAUAUCUGGCGAUACAUCGUUCAUACUCUAUGCGUGUCCAUACUACUACUGAAGUCAAGGAAAAUAGUGAAGGCUUUUCGACUCGAGGGUCGGUUACCCAACGGUCUGACAUCCGGGCCAAAGAAAAGAAAGAAGAGCUUCCUUUUCAAAGGACAAAGACUUCAUUUACUUGGCUUGUUAUCUGUACAGAUCAUACUGAUCGUGGCAUGGACUAUUUCCGAUCCACCAUCUAAAGAAACGAUCGUUCGCCCACUUCAGUACGUGUUCAUUGUUUGCAAACCUUUCAGAUCAAUAGCUGGCGAAGUCCUCUUAGCCAUGACUAUAACCACUGUCCUUCUCCUUGCGCUUGCGUGCAUCUAUUACGCUUUUAAGGGAAGGAAAAUUCCCGAGAAUUUCAACGAAGCGAGAUACAUCGGCUUUUCCAUGUACAUUGUUCUGCUAUCCUCGGCGGCGUAUUAUCCCGUGGAAUUUGGCCUUGAGGGCUGGUACGUAGGCAUUAUUGGCGGUGUAACCACUCUCGUGAGCUCCUUCGCUCUUCUAGGUUGCAUGUUCGGACCGAAGGUUUAUGUCAUUUUUUUCAGUCCUGAACAAAACACGCGCGAGGCAAUUAGCACAGAAAUUGCCAAGUAUUCACUUUCCACCUCUGCAGCCACUGCGAUAACAAGCAAAGCAUCGCGCGUAACCCCUCAGGUUAGUCCCGAGUCAUCAAUAUGAAGUAAUCAAAGAAGUAAUCAUCUUGGUAGGAGCCUUCCACGGCCUUUGCUUUUGCCAUGAUCACUUCAUAUGGUGCCUAGUAACGACCUCUGACAAAAACCAAGGGUCAAGCCAAAUGAUUUUAGGACUGGAUUCCGAGCGACAGAGAUACUUCAGCGUUGUCCGGAAAGGAAACCCGUGAGAGAUGUCGCGUUUAAGCUCAGUGACCUUUAUUUACAUUUUUGUCAGUUCUACUUGUUCGUAUUUGAUAAAUCGUCAGAUAAAGGGGUAUUCUCGAGAGGUUUUGGACAGUAACAGUUGAGAUUGUGUCUUGACGAGUUUAUGUCUCGAUGGAGGAGGGAAAAAGUGAUUAAAACUUACACAAAGUUAAGUUACCGGCGUAAGUGAAGUGAGUGAAAUUCAGUGUAAUAAAGUGGAAGCCCCCUGGUUAGGUAUACAAACGAGUUUACAAAAUGUUAGUUAUAAGCUAAUUAAGAAAGUAACCAAUAUUUGACAUCUUUUUCGUAAUUUUAACAAGCCACAAAUAAAUGAUCAAGCUGGUUA